UCAUUUGUCAAAUCACUGAAACUUUGACUGAAACUGUUUCUGUGACUUUGUAGCGUUGUGUUUUUAAAAUGUUGUAUGUAAUGACAAAAUGAAAUAUUCUUCUAUUUUAUGAUACUACUAGAACUGUUACUAGAUUAAGAUUUUUAAGAUGCCACCAACAGUUCAAACUAAUGAGCCUGAAAGGGAAAAGCGACCUCAGCGCACAGGUGAAAGAAGGUCGGAACUCGUAACACGCAUAAAGUAUUGUAAUACGCUUCCCGAUAUCCCUUUCGAUCUAAAAUUUAUUACGUAUCCAUUUCCUUCGACACGAUUUAUUCAAUACAAUCCUACGUCAUUAGAGAAGAAUUAUCGUUAUGAAGUCCUGACGGAGCACGAUUUGGGUGUCCACAUAGACUUGAUUAAUCGCGAUAUAUAUCAAGGGGAUGGAAAUGCGAUACUAGACCCGGCGGACGAGAAGCUUCUGGAAGACGAUGUGCUUACACCACAGGAUUCCAAACGGUCUCGGCAUCAUGCUAAGAAUGUGUCGUGGCUGCGACGUUCUGAGUAUAUCUCUACAGAACAGACAAGAUUUCAGCCUCAAUCUAUGGAAAAGGUGGAGGCCAAGGUUGGUUACAAUGUUAAGAAAAUAUUCAGUGAAGAAACACUAUACAUGGACAGAGAGAGUCAGAUCAAAGCUAUUGAAAAGACGUUUGAGGACAACAAGAAACCUAUAGAGAAGCACUACAGCAAACCUGGUGUUACUCCGGUGGAGGUGAUGUCUAUAUUCCCCGACUUUGACAUGUGGAAGUAUCCUUGUGCGCAGGUCAUAUUCGAUUCAGACCCAGCGCCGGCUGAUAAGAAUAUUGCUGGACAGAUUGAAGCCAUGUCGCAGGCUAUGAUUCGAGGUGUGAUGGACGAAAGUGGAGAGCAGUUUGUGGCGUAUUGUCUUCCCACCGAGGACACAAUACAGAAACGGCGACGCGACAUCACUGAAGGCAUACCGUACAUGGAUGGUGAUACAUAUGAAUAUAAGAUGGCCAGGGAAUACAAUUGGAAUGUUAAAAGUAAAGCCUCUAAGGGUUACGAGGAGAAUUACUUCCUGGUGGUCCGCAAUCACUGCAUAUACUACAACGAGUUAGAGACGCGUGUGCGUCUGUCCAAACGUCGCGCUAGAGCCGGGGCGGCUGCGCAGGCGCUUACGAGACUAGUGGUCACUCACCGACCGCUCAGCGCAGCGGAGCAUCGCAUGCUGAGGCUUAGGGAGAAGCAGUUGGAGCCCGCGCAGGAGGAAGACGAAGAAGAAGAAGAGGAGGAUGAGGAUGAAGAAGAGGAGAAACAAGAACAGAAUGGGGAAAAAGAGAGAUCACGCUCUCGAUCUAAAUCCGGUUCCAAAUCACCGCAAGGAUCGGAGAAAACGAACAGAUCGCGGUCAGGGUCUCGCGAGAGGUCCAAGUCUAGGUCCAGGUCCAGGUCCAAGUCGAGGUCCAGGUCUAAGUCAAAGUCCAAAUCUAGAAGUCGGUCGAGGUCCACGUCUGGCUCGCGUAAAUCUAGAUCUGGCUCUGCACAGUCUGGAUCUGCGAGGUCGGCGGCAUCAGCCCGGUCCCGUUCCGGUUCGCGUUCGUCCCGCGCGUCUUCGCGUUCGUCCCGCAGCGGGAAGGGGUCUAGGGCCAGCUCUAAGGCUAGUGAUAAGGGUUCAAAAGCGUCAUCGAAGGCAAGUUCCCGCGCGUCAUCACGCGCAUCAUCCCGUGCGUCUUCCAAAGGGUCCGGUUCGAAACGCUCCUCACGUGCGAGCUCAAGGAAGCGGUCCAGCGCUUCGGAACGUUCUAGAAGCCGAUCGGCGAGUGCUUCUAGACAUGGAUCUCGAAGUGGUUCAGCAUCGAGUGCGUCAUCACGUCACAGUGGCUCGGAUUGAAUUUCAUAAUUUAUAUUGUAUAUGUAACCUAGUAAUAAACAUAUUGACGACAUCAA